AUGGAAGCUCUUCGCACUUCCGUGGAAGUUCAAGACAAGACUUCCAAGGAAGCAACCACCCGCUGCCUCCAUGGAAACCGAUCGACUUCCAUGGAGGCGAACAAGAUCGACCUCGAACCAGUCAACGCCAAUGUUAUGGGGAUGGAGUGUAGACGCAUCGUAGACCGCGUUUUCGUUUGAAGUUGGCGUCAUGUUUGAGAGUAGAUGUGACAGGUUUGCGUAGCAUAGGGUAAGAUGUUAUCAUGAACGGAGAAGAAAGGGCUUUUCCAACACGGAGAUGUAGCAUGGAUCAAAGCAUUUGUUGGAUUUCAGCUUUUACAAGAGGACAUCAACGCAGUAGUAUUUUAGCAAGCUUACGAACGCAUGUAGGGUACCAUGAGGAUU